CCGUCGAAACGUAUCGCAUGCGCUCGUCAGCCGCGCACACGCACUAUCACGUUCUUGUGCGGCGGCCGUCCGUUUCCGUCCGUGUCCGUUCCGUCCGUGUUCGACCGUGCGGUUUAUCUGUUCGAACGCAUCCGAUUGUACCGUGCGAAGCGGCACCGAGCUGAAAGUGUGCGCGGAAAACUCUGACCGAAUCGUCGUAUUCGUUGAACAAGUUAAGCGUUCUUAAGAUACAUCGGUUUUUUUUUUUUUUUUCUUAACCGUCUCUUGCGCCAUUUUAUGGUACAUUAGCGCCGAGCGUACGGUGUCGCGGUAAAGCGAUGCGGUGAUACGGCCCCAACACGAAGACAUUUACACCGCGAGUCGAUAUCGUUUUUGUCGAAUAACUUUUCGCUGUCUCCGGUCGACCUCGUCGUGUUCGCACGUGCCAUUUCGCCUAUGCGCGCGUCGUAGUGUUCUCGUUGUCACCAGCGCCCUUUGCAACGGUCGGAUAAAUGGUCCGGAAACCCAAAGACUCCAACAUGAUAUCGGCGAAACCUAAUAACAAGAUGAACGACCACGUGGCUCGGUUACGGGUGGUACAAGAAGUCUCAUCACGAAACAGUUCGGCCAGCUGGAACAGUUCUUGCACGUUUUCCACCGAACAGAGUUUCCAAGAUCAGCCAAGGCCACCGGUAUAUAAUGUGGAAGACUACGCCGGAUCGUUGCGCAAAUUCGGAAAACGAGGAUCAACGUCCGAUAGCAACAAUGGAGAUUCGCAGGAAGCGAAAGAAACCGAAAUGACUCUGAAAGAGUUCACGUCAAUCACGGAACUUCUGGAAAAGCUUAGCGCUGAUUUAAAACUCGCGUAUUUCAGUUUCGUGCAAGAGUUCGUCGGCGACCCCAUAGACGGCGUCACGCUGCUGCUGGAGCUGCUGAAGACCAUCCAGCAGAACGGCACCCAGACCAAGUGCACGCCCGCGAACCAGCGCCGGAACGCGUUGGACGAGAACUCGUGCCUGCAGUGCUUGAAGUACUGCCUGCGGUGCCAGGACGCGGCUAGGAGACUGGCCGUAUCGUCGGCUGGUCUCUACACGCUGGCCGCUUGCAUCAUGAGCACGGUCAACUCGUCCCGGCUCCUGACCCUUGAGCUGUUGACCAAAGCGUGCUGCGAAUCGGGCACGGCCGAAGGACACAACACGGUGUCGGACGCGAUGAGCACGAUGCGACUUCGGUUCGCCGAGCCCGUCCGGUUCAGAUUUCUGGUGGGCAUGAUGUCGGGAAGCGGUAGCUCCGGUAUGGAGCUGCUGUUGGCCGGCCUUAAGUUCAUCAACGCGUUUACGGAAACGUGUCCGGAUCUUCAGACAAAAUUCUACGUGCAAGCAGAACUGAAACAAGCUGGAUUCAAACCGGCAGCUAUACUGAAAAAUAUUUCCAACAAAUCGCCACUGUUGAGCUCUGUUUCGGACGAGAUAUACAGAUGGCAGAAAAAUUUCAUAAACGUGGAGUCACUUAAAAGGCAACACGACGAGGUCAUCAGAGAGGCAAAGUGUCUCAGAGAGAAAGUAGUAAUGCUAGAAAAAAAAAUUCACCUUCUCCAGGAGGAGAAACGUGUAAUUUCUUCACGCAAGGACCACGCGAAUAGCUCGGAAAAGAACAGCAAAAACGAGGGUGGCGGCAACUCGGCCGAAGACGAGGGAAUCAGUUCUUCGGAACAAGACGAUUGCGAAGAAGAGGUGACGACGAGCAAGAAGGUGAAAGUGUCAUAUAAGAUGUACAACUUGUCACAGAACGACACGACGGUGGAUGAAGUGCUCGAGGACUUCGACAAGGUGAUCAACGACGCGUCCACGGAGUCAGGUGGCGGCGGUAGCCGGCAGGUGUCGUCGUCGGUAAGUAGCGACAACUCGAAACGGUACUACGAGCAGUACUCGGACCCUGACGACGUGAUCAUCGUUCCGACGCGGAUCGUGCCGGAACCGCCGAGAAGGUCCAGGAGCCUGUUGGCGAAUAAAAACUUCGAGGUGAAUCCGUUUUUCGAGGACGACGAGGAGAGCGCGGAAGACUCGGAAUGCCCGUACGGGGACGAGGAGAACAACGCCAAGUGCACCGCGGCGCUUCAACGGAACGAGACGUUCCGCAACGCGCAGAAGCAGAUCAAGCGAUUCUCGGCAUUGGCGCUGCACGCGGACCGUCCGGAGUGGGAGAUGCAGGACGUGGGGGAGUCACAGGGAUGCAGACGGAAGUCCAUAUACGACGUGUUUGGGCCACCAGCAAAGGGCUCGGUGGCGCAGGUGACGCGAUCGGCGAGCACGAGGAACGUAGCCAUUGGCGGUGAAGGUUUCAACCGCAUGCCAGUUACCCGAUUCGACCUGUGCGCGUCCGAGCGAUCAGUUUACCUGCCGAAGGGAUGCAGGGAUGAUGGCGGUGGUGCUGACGAACCCAAGGUGUUCGUGACCCGGGGUCGUAACAUCGCAGGACUAUACUCCGGCUACAAGGGCGCGGGCAGGGAUCCAGUGGUGGCCGCGGUGGCAGGUCGUCCGAAGACGUGCCAGCCAGGCGGCAACAGUCCCGAUGACAUCGGUCCCUUGAAAGCGUUGCGCCAUAUCAACACGUCUGUUUCCACGGGAAAGCUCACGGAUUUUCCAUCCGGGCUCUAUUAGACUGAACGAGCAUAGAAUAAUAAUAAUAAUAAUAAUACGUGUAAAAUAGUAAUAAUAAUUAAGUUAGUACAAUAUAUAGUAUUGUGUCUUAGGCGUUUCGCAACGUUUCAAAAACAUGUUUAGGUGUUUAUUCUUUUAAUCCUCUUCUAACGCGACCGUUGCACGGGUACACCGACCGAUUAAUCGGCACCACCGUGUUUACCGGUUUCAAAAAUAAUUGUACAUAAUGUUAUACAUUUUAAGUUCACGAAUAUUAGUUGAAGUACAAUAUAGGUUACCGCUUGACUGAAUAGCACUUUUAGCUGUUAUAUAGCCUUUAUUUUAUAUUUCGUUUAAGAGAUUUUUUUUUUCCAAACACUUUAAUUACACAAUUAUAACUUAAAUGAAACGGCGAACGCUAAGAACUUUAAAAUCUUCA